AUGAGCUGCAAAAGGAACGCUUUACUCCUCCAAAAACUGAUGAUGGAUACUUCUGUAAAUGCAUUUGAAGUGGCUCCUCCAUACCUAGGCCGUCGGGGGGGCCGGGCGCCUGCUCUGGGCCUUGGGGUGAAGGGAGGGGGGGCUGCGACGGCAGCGGCUUGGGCAGGAGUGAGCAGCCGGACGAGGCUACUGCUUGCUCCCCAGCAGCAGCUGCUACGCCAGCUUCACAAAGCUCAAGUUGGGAUCGAGUCUCUGUCUCACCAACGACGACCGUUGUCUGACUUGCUGGCGUGGUUGUACUGGAACCACUUUCGAAUAUCCAUUGUUUACUUUGUGCUAACGGUGCAGCAGAGAGCAGCGUCUUGCUAA